AUGAAGAAAUGGCUUGGAAUAUCUUUUGUGAUAGCUGCAGUUCAAUAUCCACAGUUGAGGAUGUAUUGGAUGAAAAAGUGGAGAGUGCCUCUUGUGGCUAAUGCCAUGCCAAGAGAGAAAUAUUUUUUGAUUAGAAGAUCAUUGAAAUUAGUUUAUGAUGAUGAUGUUCCAGAAGAAAAAAGGAAAGCAGAUCGUUUGUGGAAAGUGAGACCCCUGAUAAAUGCAAUCCAGAACGGUUGCUUGAAACAGAACCGAAUGGAUCACAUCUGCAUCGAUGAGAUGAUGAUCCCUUUUAGUGGGCAUACAAGUCUAAAGCAAUACGUCCCUAACAAACCCAAUCCUGUAGGACUGAAAGCUUUUGUGCUAGCCAACCCUAAUGGGGUGGUUUGUGACUUUGAAAUUUUCCAAGGAUCGAACUCUUUUCUUGAAGAGAAGAAUUAUGGAUUCAAUAGUAUGGAGGCUGCGAUUCUAUGCCUAACUCGAUCACUGGUGCCUGGACAUACAAUCUAUUAUGACCGACUCUUUAGCACAGUGAAACUAGCUGAUGAGCUUCUAGCUCGGGGUUUUAAAUCCACAGGAACUCUUGACAAGAGAUACUUGCCUAACAAUCCUCUAAAGUCAGACAAGGAAAUGGCAAAGGAAGGAAGAGGCACAAUAGAUAUCAAAGUGAGAGAAGAUAACAAGAUGUGUAUUGUGAAGUGGCAGGACAACAAGUCAGUUAUGAUGAUAUCUAGUAAUGAAGGCAAGGAACCCAUCAACAUGGUUCAAAGAUGGUCAAAGAAAGACAAAAAGUACAUUAGUGUACCACAGCCUCACGUUAUAAAGGCAUAUAAUACAUAUAUGGGAGUGAAUAACGAAGAAGAAAUUCUGAAUGUGAUGAGCCAACUUGAUGAUUCUGACUUGGAGAUGUCAGAUGAGGAGGAAUUGGAGAACGAUGUUGUCAGUACCAUUCAAAAUGACCUGGGAAACUUUAGUGAUGACACUGAUGCUGACCCUGACUACAGUCCUGGAAUGCUUUCAAGUAGUGAUAGUGUGCAAGAUAGCAUAAAUGAUCAGCCAACUACUUCGAAG